AUGUCAUUUUGGCAUAAUGCAUGGCCUCUUGAAAUGUUUUUAUCAGUUACCGCACUGAUUUCAAGUUGUUGUUUUCUUUUUAUUAUUUCGAGUGUCAGUUUUGUUGAAAAUCGUUGUCGACCAUUUUUGAUACAAUUUUGUGUUUCUUUAAUUCUUCUAUCAAUUGCACACGGUGUCAAAACUUUUGAUUAUACAAUUUCGGAAAAAUCGAAAAGUGGAAAGUAUAUUGAAUCAGGUAAAUUGUCAUAAACAGGAAGUAGUGAAAAUAGGAGUAAGGUGAUAAAAGUGCAAAUUAACUACAGUAACCAAUUUUGGCAAUUUUCAGAUUUGUUCAAGUUCUUUGAUUUGAUUCAUGAAUUCUCAUAUUGUAUGGAAUCAUUUUCCUUGCUUUCAUUUACAAUUGGUUAGUAUUUGAAAAAACAUGUCGAUUUUCUCAAGACAGAAUAAAUUUCAGAAAGAUAUUGGAAUUCUCGCAAUGGUUCAAAAACAACCUAUAUUUUCUAUAUUUUUGUUGUGAUCUUAUUAACUCUCAAUACAUUGGUUUCAUAUUAUUUUGCGAUUUCUUCAAGAUCUUGUAAGUUUCUUCUGGAAUUUUUUGAAACUUACCAAAAACAAAUUCAGAUUCUGAUUCGAUUGUUAUUAUUCCAAUGUCUCUCAUAUCAGCCCUUGAUAUUGUUUCAUUAGCAAUUCUAACAAGAUUAUUUCAAAACUCAGCAAAUCGAUAUAAAAAAACAACUGGAAUGAUUAGUUUAGAACAAAGAUAUCAAAUAUCAGGUAACUAUAAUUUCCACUAAUUGAAUUUCUUCUAAAUCUUCGAAAUCUCAAUUUCAGAUGUCUAUUAUUGGUCAAAAACUUUAAUUCCAGUGAUUUUUGUUGGAGUUAUAAUAAAAUUAUUAUCCCUAAUAUCUGCCUGGAUUGUUAUGUUAAAUGAAGGACCAGUCGAAGCAUUCUUCAAUUUUUUCCAUGAAAAUGUGAGAUUUUUCUGUUAUUUUGAUAAAAAUCACUGCUCUUAAGUAGAUCAUUGUUCACUCGAAGUAUACGUAAUUUUCCAAUUCAAUAAUUUCAGCACAGACAUUGUCUAUAUCUGAAAAUCAAAUGUUUUCAAAAUAAUAAGUACAAACUUUUUUCCAGAUUCUCGAUGCUUAUACAAUAAUUCUACCAUAUUUGGUUGUUCGAAGACAUCGAUUAUUGAACAAAAAACUGAUAAGAGCAAAACUUCGAAUAAGUCCAGAAAUAACUAUCAAAACGCUGGAAGGAAAAAUUGUGAAUAUGAGAGGAUCAGCUCACGAUCAUUUUAAUAUUUUACACGAACAUUGGAAAUGA